AUGACUUCCAUAUUGAGUAGCAGUAUGGCUCCCCACGAGGAUAAGUAUGCCAAGCAUGACCGAGCGACUUUCAAAAAGACAUACAGCUCCAUGAAAACACUGUCUUUGAACCAUCUGACUGCCAAGCAGCACAUGCUGAUGGCCCUGUGCAGGGACAUAUCACUUUUGCCGCCGUUGACUUACAUCUUCACAUCUCUGCGGAAGGCCUGGAGGGUCUCCAUGCGCACCAGCAUAAAGCUUUACGAGCCACAAUCGCUGAGAGAUGCGUUCACCUACUUUUGGCAGAAGCUGAAUAGCGCUUACGAUAACAACUCGUCAUUUGAUGGGUCUUCUCAGGAGACCAUGAGCGGCAACAGCAAGGAUUCCCUCUUAUUAUCCGCACUGACCACGGCCAGAGCGUCCGAAUAUCUUCUCUGUUCACUUUGGUGCUUAGUGUCUUUAUACCUCUCGUAUGCCAUCCUGGACUCCCUGAUGGUCCGCUGGAUCGUCAAAUACUCCACGGUGGCCGCCAUCUUGAGAAUGUUUUCCAUGUCCUUGAUCAUCGUCACGUUGGAACUCCUGCUGCUGUCGUCUUUAUCUCCAGAACUCGACUAUUUUCUGCAUACAUGGAUACUCAUUAGUUGUGUGCUAACAGCGGUAUAUAUCUGGCAGAGCUAUCUUACUUCCGAUUUGAGGUAUUUCAGAAAUCAGGAAGGUGAAGUACAAGAGGACACCAGUGUUCGGGAAGAAGCAGAUGACGAUGAUGACGGCGAGGGCGACAUCAACGACGACCCUCACAUCGUGAUGGCAGACGACGGCGCAGUGGAUACCUCACGCUACGAUGCGCUCUCAGAUAACAGCGACGAUCGGCUGCUGCAAGUCAAUAGGCCCUCGAGCACCCAUUCACAAAGCCCCAAAAGAUCCAAAAAAUCUCCGAAAAACGCAUUCAAUUUCACCACCAAGAGAACCAUAGAUUUAUAUAAAAUUACUGUGCUCUGUGUUGUUCCCGUGGGACUGGCUAGUUUUAUUACCAUGUUGGGCUUACUUCGAAAUCUAUUCAUCCAAAGAUUGGAUGUGGAGCAAUUAGAAAGAAUACUGCAUGAAAUGCAUUCCUCCGCAUAA